AUGAGAAAAGGACUAAAUUUACUUCUGCUUCUGAGUGCAUUUUUACUUGACUAAACUUCAUUUGGGAAAGCUGAACACGUCUUUGAAAUUGCUAAAUAGCAAGUUAAGAAGAAUUUCUAAGGCUCUUUAGAAUUCAUUAAUCACUUUGAGGAUGGAAUUAGAAAGGAAAUUUUCCUCAAUAAAAAAAUAACUAACUAAGAUUUUAAUUAGUAAGCAGAUAUACUCAAGGCCUCAUAAGAUCUAAUUGCUGCAAAUAAUGAGAGAAUCAAUGGUGGCAAAAGAAUUUUCACAUGCAAGGAUAAAGAAAGAGCAUAUGGAGGGCCUUAGGAUGUGCUACAUUUCUUCCCUGUUGAGGUAGGAUAACUUGACUCAAGAAAUCAAACUAGAACUAGCAUAAAAGGAAAUUGCUUUAGAGACAUCACAUUCUAGUAUGUUCAUUACAUGGUAGGAGACCAGAUUAAAUAAGUUAAAAUAAUAAUUGAGGCUAAAAAUCCUAAGGGAUUGUUUUGCAAAGACUGGUUCUUAAUUGCUCAUUAAGAAUUCUAUCAUUUUGAGACUAUUUUUAUGAAAGGAAAGCAUGAAUUUGUCUUUAAUAAUCUAAAUAAAGACGCUAGAUAAAGUAUCGAUGUCAACAAAAUCAGAAUUUAUUAGUUUUGCGAUGAUUAUCAAGAUACAUUCAUGUCUAUUUUUCACACAUUAGAACUGUUUAUAGGCGCUCUAACUAUGCAUAAGGAUUGGCCAAAGCCCUUCAAUAUGGUGAUUCCAGACUAUAUGAUUAAUGCAAACUUAGAUUUCUUAAAACAUUCUAUGGAGUAUGAUAUGCCUCCAAGAGGUUAUGAUUAAAUUGAAGUCAAAGAGGAAGAUGUUAAACCAGGUGAUGUCUUCGGAAUCAUGAGACUCGAUGGUUUAGAUCCGAUUAUAAUGUAUGGUGCAGGCGGUACUAUCGGUCACUGUGCAAUUGCUGUUAGUUUCAACGAUGAAAUUUACAUGAUUGAAGUGCAAGAUGCUUGGUAUUGGCCAAAAGCUACUGUAUAGAAAAAUAAGCUUUAAGACUGGAUUAGGUAUGCUAAAGACGCUCAAUAUCAUGUUUCUCACUUCAGACUAAAUAAGUUGGCUAGAUCAAUGUUUAAUAAUACGAAGGCAUAAGAAUUCUUUAAUCAAACUGAGGGAAUAGCCUAUGGUUUCCAUAAUUUCUUGUUUGCAUGGCUUGAUACACCUAAUGAUAAUAAUCCUCCAGUGCUACCUCCUGGCAUGCUGGCCAAUACUUUUUCCUUAGUUGAAACGAUUUCCCCCGAAGUUGUUGAUAUUUUUAUGAAUUAAGCUCUUAAUAAGAGACUUGGAACUAAAGGUUUAACACUAUCCUAAAUUUCAGUUGAAGCUGCUAAGAGAAAUUUGACUCUUGAUGAUGUUAUAGCAAUGCCUGAACUUGAUGGAUGGGAGUAUGAAGGUUUAGAACCUAAGGAUGGAAGAUCUUAUGUCUGUAGUACAUAUGUAACUGCAGUCAUGAAAGCAGCUGGAGUCUUUGGGGAUAUGAUAUUCAAUCCUGGUGAGCAAACACCAAGAGACAUGUACCAACUAACAAUAUUCGAAACAACUUCAACUUGGAGAAGCAAGAAAUGUUAAGAAACUGAGCCUAACACUCCUUGGUGUCAAAUUCUAGGUGCUUACAAGAUGUCCUUCCCAGGCUUCUCAACGGUCAAACCUUACCCUCACAUGAAUGAGAGAUGCCCCUCAAUCGCUCCAAAGUAUGAGAGAACAGAGGGAUGUUGA